AACUAUUGGCAGGCCUGAGCAAGGGAAAAAACGCAGCCAACUAAAAUAAACAACGUCAGAUAAAAUAAAUUUUGUAUUCAUUAUAAAAUGUAAAAUGUUUCAGUAUACGUCAAAUUAGAAAAAAAAAGAAGUUUAAAGAAAACUUUCGACGGAAAAUUUAUAAAAAUACAAAAGCCUUUAAAAAAAAGUUGCGAAAUUCGCUAAUAACGGAAAUAGAUCGCUAGCUUGGUAAAUCCCGGAGCAUUUUAUAAAAUAAAGGAUUUGUAAUUGCGGCCUAGCUUUUAUGCAAAACUAUGCCUUUUUACGGUUUACAUGUACCGGUCAAAAAUGUUGGCGUAGCUUCUAUCGCAGCGGCUCCAAGCAGUGCGACAUCUGCAUCUGGCAGUGGUGUUAUGUCUGACGGCGGUAAUGAUACCGUUGAUUCUCCUUACGUCUUCCGUAAAAAAUCUGAUGCCUUAGAAGUUUUAAAGAAACACAAGGAUGCCCGUUUAAAGGAAUUUGUUAGUGAAGAUGAGGCCAUUAAAUAUGCCCAAACUGGUUAUGAAGUAGUGCAAAAUAAAUAUAACGAUAAUAAGGCUUCUACUAUCUCACUGGAAAAGGCUGCCUUUCGACUUCCCACUAAGCACGAGCUUAUUGAAUUUCGAAAAAUAAUAGAAUCUGGCGAUUGUGAUCGCGUUAAAAAUAUUAUUUGGGAUAAUCCUAGGUACCUAGUAAGCUCUGGCGAUACGCCAACAACACUGAAAGAAGGUUAUCGUUAUAAUGCCAUGCAUAUAUGUGCAAUUUCAAAAAAACCUCAAGUAGCUGAACUUAUUCUAAAGACUGUAUAUGACCCAAAAUUUGUCGAUUUGCUCACUGGUAAAAAGGGCGAUCAAAAAAUGUGCGAAGAAUUGUGCGCAAAUCUGUUAGACUAUUAUUUAAAUAUGCCGGAGAAAGGACGCAGUGAAACACCAUUACAUUUAGCCGCGAAAUAUGGUUGCGUCGAGAUGGUGGAAGUGCUAACCUCCUAUCCGGAAUGUAAGCUGACAAAAAAUAGUGAAGAUUUACUCCCAAAACAGAUCAUUUGCUCGCGGUUGACCAAUCCGAAUGCAGAUGUUCUUAAAAAGAUUGAAAUGUUAUUAGGAGAACGUUUUUAUGUUCCCGUGUUGCGAUCUAAUGAUGGAUGCAUGCCAGCACAAAUUGGCCAACCAUUUUCUUCAAACAAUCCACCAAAACUUAACUGUGAUCCCUUAAGUCCAGAGGUGGAAGUUAAAGCUAUUGCUGGUCCAAUGAGCAAGGAACAGGCUAAUAAAUUUUUCCGUCGUUUGAAAACUCCGCCUAGAAAUGGUAGCAAUAUUACUUCACCAAUCGCGAGUAAUUUCUUUAUCUCUCCUAUGAAGUCUCGACCAGUUAAUAGUACUCCAUGCAAAACGCCUAAAAAAAGCAUAAACAAUAGUCUCGACUCACUCACUGCCUCCGUAAAGGGACGUUCACUCUUUAACGUUAGUGACUACAAUGGAUGUGAUAAAUCAUUUUCUUUAGAAGAUUCAUUAGAUUAUCAGAAAGAAACUGGCGGUAAAAUGAAUAUACUGCAGAGCACAGAAGAUAAAGAGACAAAUGUAAAUUUCGCAGUUACUGGUGAAGCAAAUAACAAUCGCAAGAAUCUCAUGGGUGAAGAUAAUCAAGAUAAUGCAUACAAAUCUUUAUAUCCGGGAACGCCACUGCUUCAAAAAAGAAAAUCCGCUUUCUUCAGUUAUCGCGAACCAUACGUCGCUUCUCCUGUAGUGCAGGAAUUAAAUAAUACACAGCAAAAUAAUUCUUUUAUGAUGAACGUUUCGGAUGUAUACAAUACCCCUGGCUUUAAAGAGCGUCACAUAAAAAAUACGGAUACUGAGAAAGGCAUAGAAUGUAUAGGCCGAGAAUUGGCCAAAGAGCAGAAUAUUGAGUGGCGCGAAUACUGGGAUUUCUUAGAGGAAUUUGUUGACAUAGCUGGGCCAAUAGGCUUGCAAAAAUUGGAAAACUACUUGUGUCAACGUCAAAGAAACGAGGAUAUGAGUAGAAGAAAAACCGUCAACAAUACUGUGGUACUUGAUGAAGUUACUAAUGCUUUAGAGAAGUGCGGCUUUGCCUCCGGCAAUGUCAAUAAGGAUGAUCGCUUUGACAAAACUGAUUAUGAAAAUGAAUUGAGAGGCACUAAAGUUGAGAGCCCCAUGGUUUCUAAUCCUUCGACGAACCAUCAAAUGUUUACGCCUUAUACAUACGUGGAGAAGUCUUUGCAGGUGCAUGCUAGACGAAUGACGAAGACAAUCAUGCAUAACAUGGAUAAUGUUGUGUCUAUAAACGAUGCUUUGCUUUUGGAGUUAAAACGUGUAAAGUCGUUGAUUUAUAGUUUUAAAGAAGACCUCAGUUUUUUGAAUGUUAAUUUUGAAAAAGUACAUUCGCGCAUCGGCAACUUAGUGUCAAUUUUCUUGCAGAAUUCUCAAGAAGUUACUGAAGACGUGAAAAACAAGAUAUUAACUAUUUUGCAAAGUUUGCUGCAAACAAAUGGGGAGCGCCGUGAGCAUAUGGACUGCGUAUGUGCUCGGGUUAAAUAUAUGCUGGAAAUUAAAGUGGAACAAAUUUUACCGGAACACUUAAAAACCGAAGAAAUGUGCUCGAAUAUUUGGUCUCAAGAAAAGGAUUGUGACUGCCAUUGGGAAAGUAAUUUAAGUCGUAAGACAAGUCGUCGCAAUCGUAUGGAGGCACGUUUUAAAAAUCAUCAACGUCUCAAGCAAUAUGAAGCGAACAAACAACAGCAGCAACUACCAUUAAAACAAAGCUCUGACCAUUGGCGCAAUGUACAAUCAAGUAACGAUUCUUCGGAUGAUAUGGACGAAGAAGUUUUUUGGUCUGACGUUGGUUCUGAUGUAGAUUUUGACAAAGAAAAUCAAGAAAGUUGGCAUACUCCUCCUGAAAGUCCAUCGCAUAUUGAUAUGUCUGACGUUGAAAUUAAAGAAGCUGAGCAUAAGAUUUUCAUUUACGGUAAUGAACCUACGAAACCUGAUAUGGAUGUUUUGAAUGCCAUUCUUCGUAUCGAUGUCGAUAAAUCGAAGUACCCAAAUGUUCAUUCCUGGAAAACCGCUUUGAUGCGUUAUCCUAAUGACGAAAUGGAUUUCUUUGCGUCACCUCGUAUUGUGAAGAAGUCUCAUUCGUUUGUGAAUCAAACUUCGUAUAAAAACGAGAAUACAUUGGAGACACCGCCAUCACGUCAACGAAGUCAGUACGCAUUAGUACGUUCACAGACCAGCCCUCUGGCCGUUAAUUCAUUAAAGUCUUCAACCGAUGCUAUUAAAGAAUCAAACUUACAACUGCCCACAAAACGUUUAUUCAUGUCACCAAAAAUCAUAACUGCCGCAUCAACCGUCGAUAAUGCUUUGAAUAUAAUAACCACAAAAAACGCAAUGAAUUCCAUUAGAGAUACGAUUACAACAGUCACCACUAAGAUUGCAAAUGAGACCAUGACCACCGGUUUACUAACUGUUAAUACUGCUGCUUCUCAGCCGUCGAGACCGCUAACGCCCAUAAAUAAAUUACGAGGACUUUUUAGCGCCUAUCGCGAACGUUUGUCAACUUCUCCUUUAUCAACUCCCCUGACAGAGAAGUCAACUUCCAUCAUAGAUAAUAUGAAUUGUGCCAGAGAAAAGAACAGCAACGAUGAGUCUGGCACUCCUAAUCUCUCCCGAAUGAAUAGGUCGGACAUGAAUGCUUGUGAAUGAGCCGGAAAACUAUUAUUUAUGUUGGUUUUUGUUUUCAGAUGAAUUGCCUUUUAUUUUAUUGUUCGUUUUCUUCUCUUAUA